AUGUCCGGCGCCCUUUGGAACCUGGUGGGCAAACGAGUGCUUGCUGAAUCUGCGAGGAACCAUUUUGGAACAGAGGACCCCUAUUUCGAAGAAGUGCCCGCAUCACGCCUUGGUCGCGCCUUUGGCAAAAAGUCUCAGAAGCGCCGCAAGGCUAUUCCACCAGGAUUGUCAGACAAUGAUGGCAAAAUUCUGACCCAGGUUAAGCGCAGGGCGUACCGACUCGACUACUGCCUCUUCAACCUCUGUGGAAUUCGCUUCGGCUGGGGCAGUGUGAUUGGUCUCGUACCAUUUGCGGGUGAUGCUGCCGAUGCCGCACUUGCCCUCAUGGUUGUGAGAAAUUGCGGUCAGAUUGACGGUGGACUUCCCUCACGCUUGCGCAUGAUGAUGUUGAUCAAUGUCAUCGUUGACUUUUUCAUCGGUCUCGUCCCGUUUAUCGGCGAUAUUGCGGACGCGGUAUACAAAUGCAAUACGAGAAACGCAGUCAUGCUAGAGAAGCAUCUGCGCGAGAAGGGCGCUAAAUCGCUCAAGACAGAGACCAGACAGCAAGGACGAGUCGCGGAUCACAGACACGAAGAGCCUCGAGUUGUUGAUCACAGUUUGCCGGAGGAGUGGGACAAGCAAGAGAGUGGCAUCAUUGGCACUUCGCCCCCUGAAUACGAAGAGCCUGUAUCCUCUGGGGCCGGAAAUGGCAGACACUCUGGCAGGUCUAAUCCGGCCAAGAAAUCGAGAAACAGUCGCUCACACAGCAGGUGGUUUGGUGGAGCAACCCAUCGCGAGGAGGAUCUGGAGCGUGGUGGAGUAUGA